AUGCGAGCGACAGUUACCAUACUGAUCCUGCUAGCCGCCGCCUGUCGGUCGAUAGAGCCCUUCAAGGGAACGCGAACGUACAACCUCGAGACGGACGAAGACCGGUACGGCCGGUACGAGCGCGUGCUCGUCGGCCUGAAGUCAUCCGAGGGCCUCGAUCAACUCGACCCGGCGCUCCUGCAGCGCGUCCGCGAGGUGUUGCUGGACGAGGAGAAUCGCCCGGGACCGGAAAUGGCCGGCAACGGGCACACCGUCGCUAUCCAUCUCAGCCAACCGAGGCAAUCGCAACACGUUGCGGAACUUCUGUACCGGGAGCGAUUGCGCGGCCCGCAGCAGUAG